AUGCCUUAUGCAUUCAGGCUUGUAAAAACUCUCUACAAGAGCUGUAUGGAUGAACCUGUUAUUGAAGAACAAGGACUUACUCCUUUGUUGAGUAUAAUAAAAAAACUCGGAGGAUGGCCGGUACUAGAAGGAGAUACGUGGAACGAUCAUGAAUCUGAUUGGACGACAAUUAUCUUCAAACUCCGUGACCUCGGUUAUGAUUCUAAUAAUCUAAUAGACUUUUCCAUUAAUGUAGAUCCCAAAAACAGUUCAAAGCGUGUUAUAUAUCUAGAUGAUCCUAUACAUGAUGAAAGACGUCUUCCCUUAUUAUCAGGAUUCCGCAAGAAUAUUGCUAAAGAAUAUUACCGUUACAUAAUUGAUACUGCGGUAAUUCUUGGUGCUGAACGUAAGCGCGCUCAAUAUGAACUUAGGGAUGCUCUCGAAUUUGAAAUGAAUCUUGCCAAAAUGAGUCUGUCGGAAAUUUUUCGGGAAGAUAACGCAACUUCCAUGUACAACCCAAUCACAGUAGCUGAAUUAUUAAAUAAACAUCCUAGUAUCCCUUGGAAGGAAUAUUUCAAUAGAUUUCUCGCCCCUUAUUACAAAUUCGAUGAUAUCGAUGUAGUGAUGGUUAGGAGUCCGUACUUCUUUUCAUACUUUGAAGAUCUGAUGAAGUCAACUCCAAAGAGAGUACAAGCUAAUUAUCUAAUAUGGCAUACUGUUGCUUCAUCUGUAAAGUACUUAAAUGAUGGCAUUCGUGAAAGACAACUUGAAUACAAUAAAGAUUUAUAUCAUGAAACGGAAAGAAGACCUCGAUGGAAAGAGUGUGUUGAAACUGUCUCCAAUACGUUACCAAUCAGCACAGGAGCGAUGUAUGUAAGAGACUAUUUUAGCAAAGACGCCAGAGAAACUGCCAGAAAAAUAACUUUGGAUGUUCGGGAUCAGUUCAUUAAAACAUUGCAAACAGUUGACUGGAUGAAUGAAGAAACUAGGAAACAUGCUUUAGAUAAAGCUAAAUCUAUAACUAUCAACAUUGGAAUACACCAUUAG